AUGACGCUUAACCUCGAUAGCGAAGAUGUUCUCUACACGCUCGCUUGUGAAUGUGAAGGGCUCUUUGACCAACUACAAGAGACCUUACUCAAAACCAAGCUGGAGGUUUCGACUAUGGACCUGUUCGCCGAGUUUCAGCAACGAUUUUCUAUAUGGGCGGCGCAUCUCGGGGUGUUUGCCAGGAAGAGCCAAUGCUUAGAUACGAGACUCCGAAACCUCCCAGACCUUCAAGACCUUGUCGCUCGAUUGCUGGAUAUCCUGCGCCGCAGCCUGCAACAAUGUAAGAACGAAACGAAUAGUCAAGAGGAGGUAGAUCAGGCUCCGAUAGGAUUCGAUGAAUCACAUCGCAAGGCUUCGAUACAAACGGCGGCUCUGACAGCAAUCGAUAACACCCUCUCUCGACUAAACCGUCUAGGUGUCACAAUUCGCCGGUCAAGUCGUGACAAUAUUGAUACGAGGGCUAAGAUAUUCGCCGCAGCUCUCAAUUUGGACUCAUUCGCCUAUCUAUGUGCGAAAGCUGUGCACGCCUUGUAUCCUUGUGCCCAUCAGUCUCUCAAAGAUUAUCUGAGCAAGUCCAUGACAGAUAGAUAUGCAAAGAUGCUAUUUCUCAACUCUCGCCACAAAAAGCUCGAGACCCGCCGGGAACCACGUUUAGGGCUGUCACCUAUCCUGGAAGUACCCAAUGACGAGACGCAAACCAACGUCCCUAUGACCCAGCCGGCGAGGGCGAUUCCCGUUGUAGCUAAUCUUCCGAAAGCAUUUGCUGCACUCUCUCAGUCCGACCUAUCCAGCGUCAACAUUCAACAGAUCCGGAGACGUCUCAGACCACCCGAUGAAGCGUCGACACUUCACAAGACAACGUCGGUCCAAGUCAACCAGGGUAAAUAUCCACGACCACCCGUCGCAAACGCGGACAGCGAUAUCUUCGCUUGCGAGUGGUGUUUUGAACUGCUCAGCAAGAAAACACUCUCGGAAAGCGAAUGGUGGUAG